AUGGAGUGUCAAAAAGGCCCUUCACAGGAGCCACUCUCCAGCGCUUCUAGCACCACAAUUGUUGAGCCUAUAGCCUGCAGUGUUAAGAAAUUUCUGGGGCUAAGAUAUAAAGGCGAGCAACAACCGACUAGUGUGGUAUUGGAUCAUGUAUCGGUGGAAGGAAGCGGAACGGGGUCCCAGCCUGCACCCACAGUGGUGUCAGCAGCCAAGUCUGGCUUUGGCAUUCUGAGUCCCAUUCAGAACAGGCUCGGCAGUCAAUCAUCACGGCCCAUUCUUCGCGAUUUCUCUGCGGCUAUGAACUCGGGAGAGAUGGUGCUGGUCAUUGGAAAACCGGGAAGCGGAUGCACCACUUUUCUGAAGACCUUAGCUGGAAUGUGGGAUGAGUACAAGAAUGUCCAAGGCGAGCUCACUUUGGGCGGUUAUCCAAUGAUGGAGACGAUGUCUGAGCGACCUCAGGAUGUCGUAUUUUGCGGCGAGUCAGACGACCAUUUCCCUAACCUGACGGUAAUGGAGACCUUGCGAUUUGCCAUCAGAGCUCGAUGUGGCCCGGACGUGUCGGGAAAAGAGGUCGACGAAAUGGUCUCUCAACUGGCCAAGCUUGUCGGUUUGAGCCACGUUAUGAAUACCAAGGUGGGAGAUGCAUACAUUCGAGGAGUCAGUGGAGGCGAGAGGCGCCGAGUAUCACUCGCAGAAGCGUUAGCAACAUGUGCACGACUUAUCUGCCUGGACAAUCCCACAAACGGACUUGAUUCCUCAACAGCAUUGGAAUUCAUGGAGAUGAUGCACGAAUGGACUCAACAGAGCCAAUGCGUAACGGCAAUGAGCGUCUACCAGGGCAGCGACGCCAUAAUCCCCUAUUUUGACAAGGUCGUGGUGAUCAACGCCGGCCGCCAGAUCUUCUACGGCACCAUUCCCGAGGCCAAAGAGUACUUCGUCAACCUAGGUUUCGAAUACUCGCCCACAACUACCAUGUCUGACUACUUAAACUCGAUGUCAGCAAGCCCCGAGGCUCGGCGUGCAGUUGAAGGUCGCCAAUAUCAGGUUCCCAGGACGCCAGAUGAGUUCCAGAGUGCAUUUCGCUCAAGCCAAUAUUUCAGCCAGCUGCAGAUUCGCGUUCAGGAAACGAAGUCUCAACCUACGGUGCCGUGGCCCUUGAAUGCAGAGCGCUUUGCUCUUCCGCUAUAUCAGCAAAUAUGGCAUUGUGCUACUCGUCAGGUGCGCAUAAUCACUAGCGACUACAACUCAUGGUUGGUCGAGGCAGCAUGCAUCACCAUUCAGAGUUUAGUACUCGGUACGCUAUUUCGGGACCAAAAGCAAUCAACCCAGUCUCUGUUUAUUUUCGCAUCGGCCCUGUUCUACUCGGUUCUUGUCCCUGCCUUACAGUCUAUGAGCGAGUUUCGCAACACCUUCGAACAGCGGCCGCUCAUCCUGAAGCACAAACGAUAUCAGCUAUAUCGGCCCAUUGCCUACGCCUUCGGACUUGUUGUGACUGAUGUAGUCUGGAAGAUCGCGGCCAUUUGCUACAAUAUUCCUCUGUACUUUCUGACAGGAUUUCAACGCACACCAGAAAACUUCUUCAUCUGGUUCCUGGUCGUGUAUGUUGAACAUCUGGCCUUGUCCAUGUUCUUCCGAUCGGUCGCUGUUUUCUCAACAAAUAUGAACCGCGCUGUGCUCCCUGUGGGCCUCUUCUUCAACAUGUACGUGCUAUAUACCGGACUUUACGUACCGCCACCUCAGAUGCAAGUCUGGCUAGGCUGGCUACGAUACCUGAAUCCCUUAUACUACGGCUUUGAGUCUGUCAUGGUGAACGAGUUUGGCACCCUCAGGUAUGAAUGCAGUCCAAACGACUUGGUACCAACCGGUCCCGGAUACGAUAGCAUUCGCAACCAAGUCUGCGCUAUUGUCGGCUCGAAGCCAGGAGAACGCCUCCUGUCGGGAAUUAGCUACCUACAAGCCCAGUAUGGCUUUGAACAGUCGCACUUGUGGAGGAACGUCGGCAUCAACAUUGCCUUCUUCAUUGUGUUCGCUGUAUUGUCCGGAAUUGGGAUGGAGAGACUCAAGCAGCCGGCUGGUCGCCUCGCUACUGUCUUUUAUCGAGGCAUGGAGUCUGGGAACAAACGCUCUGGCGAUAAUAAAUCGGAUAAAGAGAGUGGAGAAAUGGAAGACGACGUUCCCCCAGAAAUCGCACCACAGUCUAGCACCGUGCAGCCAGCUCUCAGUCAUGCAUACGAGCAUCACGGCACUCUCACGUGGAGAAAUUUCAGCCUCGAUGUUAAGACCAAAGAUGGCGAGCGGCGACUCCUUGACAGUCUGAACGGAUCUGCUCAGAGUGGCCAGAUGAAAGCUCUUAUGGGUGUAUCUGGAGCUGGAAAAACUACGCUUCUUAACGCCCUCGCCGGAAGAUCGAAGGUGGGAGCCUUAACUGGAACCUUGGAGCUUAAUAGACAGCUCUUGCCAAAGUCUUUCAACGGGCGCAUGGGCUACGUACAACAACAGGACAUUCACCUUCCAACCCAGAGCGUUCGUGAAGCCCUGCAGAUGACUGCGCAGCUACGCCAAUCACAACAAUUGUCGCGCAAGGAGAAGUACGCCUAUGUCGAGAAGGUGAUUGAGUGGCUGAACAUGGAAUCUAUUGCGGACGCCCUGAUCGGCGUGCCUGGUGCUGGGCUUAACCUCGAACAACGCAAACGGGUCAGCAUUGGUGUGGAAAUGGCAUCGAAGCCCGAGAUUCUGUUCCUGGACGAGCCCACUUCCGGCCUCGAUGGUCAGUCGGCAUACUCGAUCAUUCGUCUUCUGAGAAGAUUGGCAGACUCGGGUCAGGCGAUUGUGUGCACCAUCCAUCAACCAGCCGCCGGACUGAUGAAUUAUUUUGACGAGCUGUAUCUGUUGGGACGUGGUGGCCGGCUAGUGUACGACGGACCCCUGGGAACCGACUGUCGCCUUGCCGUCGACUAUUUCGAGCAGUUUUCAAGACCUUGCGCUGAUGAUGAGAACCCCGCUGAGUACUUCUUGGAUGUCAUCGGAGCAGGUGCCCGCAAGGAAGUGAGCCUGGACUGGGUUGGACUGUGGCAGCAGAGUGAUCUCUAUCAAGAAAGGCGCCAGAAGCAAGCAAACACUGUGUCCUCGAGUUCUUUCGAGUCAACCUCUUCAAUCUACGCAGCUCCUUUCCAUGUGCAGCUCUGUGUGGUUCUCCGCCGGACAUGGUUGUACUACUGGCGAGAACCUGAUUAUGCCGUCUCAAAGCUCUGGUUGAACGUGGGUCUCGCUCUAAUGAACUCAAUGACCUAUCUCCAAUCCCCGACAACCCAACGCGGCGCAUAUAACCGUGUCUUUUCAGCCUUCAUGUCUCUUAUCGUCGGUCCUCCACUGGGUCUGCAGGUGCAGCCGCGAUUCGUCACGCUGCGAGAUAUCUUCGUACAUCGAGAGAAAGAGAGCCUAACGUACCACUGGCUGACCUUUGUCUUCUCAGCGAUCUUGGUUGAGCUACCAUAUGCAUUUAUAACCUCGAUGGUGUACUGGCUAUUGUGGUACUACCCUGUGGGCUAUUUCACUGAGCCCACCCGCGCAGGAUACAGCUUCCUCAUGUACGAGUUGUUCGCGAUCUUUGCUACAAGUUUAGCUCAGCUUUGCGCAUCUCUGAUGCCAGAUCUCCAGGCCGCCUUCGCUGCUAACGGGUUCUUCUUCAUGUUCUGCAAUACCUUUGCCGGCACUCUCUCGCCCAAGCCUGUCACUCCAUCGGGAUGGAAGUGGUAUUACAAACUGUCUCCACUGUUCUACAUGGGCGAAGGCGUCACUUCAAACGCAUUAUAUAAUCUGAAUAUUCAAUGUCAGCCAUCUGAGGUUUCCAUAUUCAAUCCCACGAACGGCACGUGUGGAGAAUACGCGGCCAAUUUCUUGAAGGAAGCUACGGGUUACCUGCUGAACCCUGACAGCACGAUUGGCUGCCAAUACUGUCGGUAUAAAGACGGACAAUCCUAUUACGUGCAAUACGGCUAUGAAUUUGCUCGCCGCUACUCUAAUGUUGGAAUUUUCAUCGGAUUUAUCGCCUUCAAUUUCACCAUGGUGUUGGUUAUGACUUAUCUAACGCGAGUGAGACGCUGA